GAAGAUGACCUGAUUUUUGCAGGCCUUCAAAUACUCUGUAUCUUCACAGUACUUUUUGCUUUUCUUCACUCACUCCCCUCACUCCAGCUCCUUCUUUCUUUCUAUACCCUCAAAAUGUCUACUGAAUACCAGGAUGGCCGACAAGAAAAUCGUGUCGAGAAUUACACGAAGUUUUGGCAAAAAGACGUCAACAAAGAAGGCGAAACUGACAACCAAAACCGCGUUGAGAACUACACGGACGUCAUAAAUGGUUACUACGAUGGUGCCACCGAACUAUAUGAAUAUGGCUGGGCACAGUCGUUCCAUUUCUCACGUUUCUACAAAGGGGAAGCCUUCGCAGCCUCUUUGGCUCGUCAUGAGCAUUAUCUUGCCUCGCAAAUGUCUCUCCGACCUGGUAUGAGGGUUUUGGAUGUUGGAUGUGGUGUUGGUGGCCCUGCGCGCGAGAUUGCCCGUUUCGCCGAUGUCAACAUAGUUGGCCUCAACAACAAUGAUUUCCAAAUCCAGCGCGCAAGGAAAUAUACCAAGCGUGCAGGGCUUGAGGACAAUAUCACUUUUGUCAAAGGCGACUUCAUGAAGCUCUCUGAACAAUUUGGCCCGAACUCAUUUGAUGCUGUUUACGCUAUCGAAGCCACGGUUCAUGCCCCAACGUGGGAGGGUGUAUACGGUGAAAUCAUGAAAGUUCUGAAGCCAGGAGGAGUGUUUGGUGUCUACGAGUGGUGCAUGACGGAUGCAUGGGACCCGUCCAUUCCAUCUCACAAGGCACUUGGUCACGAGAUCGAAUUCGGGAACGGCAUUCCAGAGAUGCGACCUCUUGCCAAGGCCAGGGAAGCCAUGAAGACCGUUGGCUUUGUGAUCGAACACGAGGAAGAUCUCGCUGAGCGUCAUGAUGAGGUUCCAUGGUAUUAUCCCCUCGAGGGUGAUGUCUGGAAGGCCCAGACUGCUUGGGACUAUUUCACGGUUUGGAGAAUGAGCUGGAGCGGCAAACUGGUAUCCCACAAUGCUAUCAGAAUGCUUGAAUUCUGUGGUUUUCUACCCAAGGGUACGUGGGAAGUUGGCGAAUCAUUGAAAACUGCUGCAGAUGCACUGGUUCGUGGAGGCCAGACUAAGCUGUUCACACCGAUGUAUCUCGCUGUCUGCCGCAAGCCCGCAGAAAACUAAGUGUUCGACGUAUAAUCUUCUAGUAUAUAUACCCUUAAUGUCUACAUAGAGAUCUUGGAGAUGCGCUUCAUGCAAUGUCAUUCGUUUAUGCAGGGGCAGUAGGCCUUGAGGAUUUUAA